AUGAAGCGUUUGCACAAGAAGUCCUCCAAAUUCGACCGCAUCCUCGAUCGGAUGAUCGGAACGAUCGUCGACUACAAACGAUGCUUGAACAAGUAUAAAUUGACCCAUCCCGAUUUCGCCCUCGAGCGCGUCUCUUGCUUCACCGAGAUCAUGAUUCAAUCGCUCAUCUCUGCCUCCAUCUACUCGGGCGUCGGAUGCGACUUUCUCACCGAAACCUACGGCGCUGCGGACUUCAACCUGAUUCCGAACUACACUCGCGACGCCCUGCUCAAGUUCUGGCUGAAGGAAGAAGCUCUCAAGCCUCGACUGAAAUUCGCAAUCGAUGGCGGCUGGGAUGGCGACCGCGCUUUCAUCAGACUUUUACGAUUGUAA